UGUGUGUGUGAGUGUGUGUGUCCUUCCUGUAACAACAAUACAAUCACAGCUUUGUGUGAAUCACUGCUGCUUUCUGAUGGGGACACUGCAGUAUUACUGCAGUAUUACUGCAGUACUCUGUGCUGCGACUGCACCCAGCUCAGAGGGAAGUACUUGUGCACUUGUUGCUUUCCUGCUGAAGUUCCACGUGAGACGUUUUGUCUUUCUGUCCUCAGCAACAACACUCUUUAUUUCCUCUCCUGGACGACGGACAGGUCAGAGGUCGGCGCCGCCACACUCGCCCUGAGAAACACUUCCUGUUUCACACAGGGAUCCAGCUGAGGCUCACACGGGGUCUCAGCCAGGGAGCUCGUCCUCGCUGCGUCUAAUCCUCUUACAGUAAUGCACCUGCUGCUGAGCCCACACUCCUCCACCCUCGGCGGCUCCUCGGCCGACGAGUCGCUCUGAGCGGGACACCCUGUCGUUUUCGGGCGAGUCGGAGAUGCUGAGCGGAGACCUGGUGGCCGUGUGGGAUGUGGCGCUCAGCGACGGCGUCUACAGGAUCGAGUUCGCUCAUGGCACCACCACCGGGAAACGGGUUGUCUGUGUCAACGGACAGGAAGUCAUCAGAAAAGACUGGAUGUUCAAGCUGGUUGGAAAGGAAACCUUCACCGUGGGAAGCACCAACACCAAAGCCACCAUAGUCAUCGAGGCCAUCAGCGGCUUCGCCUACGAGUACACGCUGGAGGUCGCCGGGAAGAGUCUGCAGAGGUUCAUCGACAACAGGGCCCAGACCACCAAGACCUGGCUGCUCAAGGUGGACGGAGAGGACCGCCGGGUGGUGCUGGAGAAGGACACCAUGGACGUUUGGUGCAACGGACAGAAAGUGGACACACAGGGGGAGUUCGUGGACGACGGCACAGAGACGCACUUCACGCUGGGGGGACACGAAUGCUGCAUCAAGGCGUCCAGCAGCGGGAAGAAGAAACAUGGCAUCGUGCACCACCUACUGCUGGACGGAGAGAAGGUCGCCGCGUCACUCUGACUGUGAGCGGAUAACGUGACCGACUUUUGUUUCUCAGCUUGUUUUGGUUACAAACUUAGACAACAUGUUUGUAAAAAUAUGAAUAAAAGUGCGGCAAAUAAACUGACACGUGCAGCAUUAACGACGAGUCACGUUUUUAUUCU